AUGGCAUUGUUAGAGGAGGAACUACGCCACCUAGAGUUUAAAUGUCGCAACAUCCUGAGGGUGCAAAAGAUGCAACAGCUGAGAGAACGAUGCAUGAAGGCGUGGCUUCUGGAGGAGGAGCUGGUGGUUGGCCGUGGAGCCCUAACCCCUGGUCCUGACUCCGCCCCCGACCACGACACAGACCCAGAGCCCGCCAAUGAGAUCCACCGCGAGCUGUCGGACAUCAAUGAGCUCCCUGAGCGGGAGAGGUCCGACCCAGACCACGACCCAGACCAGGACAAAGACAGCACCAGUGCCUACAACACCGGGGGAGAGAGCUGCAGGAGCACCCCUCUGGUCAGCACCGAGUUACUCCCCCUCCUGUCUCUGUCCAUCCAGGAGGAUGGUAGAGGAGGGGACUCCCAUCACCACAGCCGAGACCGGGCCGACAGGGUUGGGUCUGGACGGGGAUGGGAGAGUGGCGGACAUUGUAGUCUGAACGGUUCCUUCACUCCCAACACCUACAGGUAAUGUCUUGUGAGAUACUGUAUAGAUACUUUAUAGAUACUGUAUAGAUAAUGUAUAGAUACUGUAUAUAUACUUUAUAGAUACUGUAAGAAUAUUUGGAUACUGUAUAGUUUAAUUUUAGAUACUGUAAGUUUUAUUUGUAUGGGAUUUUUUUAAAAGAAAUUUCUGUAUUAAAGGAUACGUAUAGUUUAUGUAUGAUUUGUAAAAGAUACGGUAUAGUUACUGUGUGUUUACUUGAAAAGAACGGAUAUGUUUGGGAGAAGUUUUUUGUUUUGUGCGGGAUUAUUCCAGUAAAUCUUUGGGGGUUAACAUUAUUGGUUUCUUAACACAGGAUUCCCCUCUAUGUUUUCCCCCAAAAGAAAAAUCUCCCUAGGAGAACAUUUAAAUACUUUUCAUUUCUUUGGGCUUCUUUCUUUUUUUUCUUUUUUUUCUUUCUUUCUUUUCUUUUUGUUUUUUCUUUCUUUCUUUUUUUCUUUUUUCUUUUUUCUUUUUUCUUUCUUUCUUUUUUUCCAUCCUUUCCCAAAAACCCCUUCCCGGGCCCUUUUCCUUUUUUUUUAAAUGCGGGGGGGAAGGUCCGGGGAUACAGACGACCAACGCCAGCACAAGCCCCGCCCAUCCUAAUUACCUGUCUCUGACCCAGGGGGGCGAAGGUGUCGGGGUGGGGUCAUCAUCACGGAGGGGGAUAGCUGAGGGCGGAACAACCACAACACCCCCACGGAACCCCCCCAGAACUAACCCCACCCACCACGACAGGUCAGGGGGUCGUAGCGCAGAGACCAGCCCAUACUUCACCCGGCGUCACCGUGGCAACAAGCCUCCGGCACCGGAACGCCACCAGAGCUGCAUGCGGCUGCCAUCAAGGAAUCCUGAGGUCCGGAUCGACUCCCUGGACUCUAUAGACCGAGCCAUGGUCCUGGGGAUGGGGCUGGAGGAGAGAGGGGCUGCGGCGGGCAGCAGUGGUCACACCAGUCCCAGGUGUGCUAGUGGAGCCCCAGCUGGCCUCACCAAGGCCCAGGACAGCCUCACCAAGGCCCAGGACAGCCGCACCAAGGCCCAGGACAGCCUCACCAAGGCCCAGGACAGCCUCACCAAGGCCCAGGACAGCCCCACCAAGGCCCAGGACAGCCUCACCAAGGCCCAGGACAGCCGCACCAAGGCCCAGGACAGCCUCACCAAGGCCCAGGACAGCCGCACCAAGGCCCAGGACAGCCUCACCAAGGCCCUCCCCCUACACCUCCCCCUGCAGCUGGGUCCGGACUCAUCUCGCAUGGAGUGGAAGGUUAUCUAUUGAUUGAUUUAUAUUUACCUUAUAGCAGGAAAGGCCUUCUUAAAAGUUGAUAUUUAAAGAUUGUAUUGUUGGUGACACUUUACUUGACACCCAGCGUCAUAACACGUUAUGACACGGUCGUAACCAUGUCACAAUAUGGUCAUAACAGCUGCCAUAACUUGUCAUAACCUGUCAUAAUAUGGUUAUAACACUGUCAUGACCCAUAUAUUUACACCUGUUGUGACAUAUAUUGCGUUAUUUUAUGGCUGGUUAACAUACCUGCAUAAAAGUGUCAAAACCCACAUUUAUUCAAAUGUUAUUUUGUUUUUUUUCCCAGCCAAGAAGUUUCCUUUCAUUUGAAAGUUUGUUUCUUAAGUCCUUUGUUGUUGUUGUAAUGAAUUCUGUUUACAGUCAUGUUUUUUUUUACGUCAUAUUUUAAAUAAGCAUUAUGACCACCCUGUGUCACAUUACUUGGACUAAGAAAAUACACUUUAUGACACUGUCAAGAAGCAUUAUGACCAUCAUAAUCAUAUAAGCCUGAUGGGCCUAUCACGAACAUGCCCUUAUGUCAGUCAUCAGUCAAAAAGAGGGUGUCUUGUCCUGCUCCUGAAAUGUGUGCUCAAUUACAAUGAUAAUUGAACAUGGUCAAUUUCAGAAACGUGUAUAAAACAUAAACACACUGUUGGCAAGUAGGCUAUGGUGUAAUGGAAUGUUUUGCCUUGUGUGGUAGGAUUUGUGGGUUUUGACACUCUUACGUAGGUGUCAUAACCAGCCAUAAAAUAAUGUAAUAUAUGUCACAACAGGUCGAAAUAUAUGUGUCAUGACAGUGUUAUGAUCAUAUUAUGACAGGUUAUGACAAGUUAUGUCAGCUGACACCGCUGGGUGUCGAGUAAAGUGUUACCGUAUUAUUCAUUGAUAGUUGUUGCUUCUCUAUGUCUUACAUGGUGCAAUCAAAUGGUAUCCUCGGUAGCUCAGCUGGUAGAGCGUGGCGCUUGUAACGCCAGUAACGCCAGGGUAGUGGGUUAGAUCCCCGGGACCACCCAUAUGUAAAAAUGUAUGCGCACAUGACUGACUGUAAGUCGCUUUGGAUAAAAGCGUCUGCUAAAUGGCAUAUUAUUAUUAUUAUUAAUAUUAUUAUUAUUAUUAUUAUUAUUAUUAUUAUUAUUAUUAUUAUUAUUAUUAUCUUUGGGAAUUGUAAGCAUGUACCCUGCUUUUGCCAUAUCCUUGAUGCAGCUAUAACCUAUCGCGCUAACCGUCUCAUCUUAUCUUAUCCGUAGGUGAAGAUCCGUAGCGACGGGACGCGCUACGUUGCCAAGCGACCAGUGAGGGACCGUCUCCUUAAAGCCCGGGCCAUUAAGAUCAGAGAAGAGCGCAGUGGCACGACGACAGACGACGACGCGGUUAGCGAGACGAAGCAGGGACGCUAUUGGUCGAAGGAGGAGCGUAAACGGCAGCUGCUGAGGGCCAGGGAACACCGGCGGCGCCGCGAGUUCAUGAUGCAGAGCCGGCUGGACUACCUGAAGGGAGACGGAGCGCCACAGGCGGGGGUGGGGGGGGGCACUAUGGAUAGGAAGGCUGUAGGAGGACCUCCGGGCCUGCAGGGGGAGGCAGGUGGUAGUCCCAGCAUCCUGGCCCUCAGCCAGAAGAAGCUAAAGAAGAGGAACAGGAGGAUCCUGGAUAACUGGAUCACCAUUCAGGAACUACUGGCUCAUGGAUCCAGGUCGCCGGACGGAAAGAAGGUGUACAAUCCUCUUCUCUCUGUUACUACGGUGUGA